UUGACGUUUCUUCGAAUCAAACCUACGACUUCCCACCUUACCGUUUGGUACAGACACUCAUGUCUCUCUCUUACAAAUACCCUCCUCCACCCUCCAUCUCCUUCACCUCUCCUCCCUCUUUUCUGCCAUGGCGAGUUUCGGUUCAUUUGGUGUCGGCGAUAACCGCGCUCCAACGCGGCAGUCUGUGGCGAAGAUAUGCCGAGUUUGCGGCGACGAGAUUGGGUGUAAAGAAGACGGUGAGCUGUUCGUAGCGUGCCAUGUGUGCGGGUUCCCGGUUUGCCGGCCUUGCUAUGAGUAUGAGCGGAGUGACGGUAACCAGUGCUGCCCCCAAUGCAAUACACGCUACAAACGGCACAAAGGUUCUCCAAGAGUUGCAGGAGAUGAGGAAGAGAACUUUGAUCAAGAUGAUUUUGAUGAUGAAUUUCCGAUUAAGAGUAACCAUGAUGAAUCUGAUCAUCAACAUAACGCUAAUCAAUCGGAAAAUGGAGAGUAUAACCAACAACAUCCCAAUGGUCGAGCUUUUUCAGUUGCAGGAAGUACUAAUGGAAAGGACAUUGAAGCUGAAAAAGAGAUUUAUGGAAGUGCAGAGUGGAAGGAGAGAGUGGAGAAAUGGAAGGUAAGGCAAGAGAAGAGAGGUUUAGUCAGUCAAGAUGAUGGGGGAAAUCAUGACCAAGGAGAUGAAGAUGAUUACCUGAUGGCUGAAGCUCGGCAGCCUUUAUGGAGGAAAGUGCCAAUACCCUCCAGCCUAAUCAGUCCUUACCGGAUAGUCAUUGUCCUCCGCCUCUUCGUCCUGGCCUUCUUCCUCCGUUUUCGGAUAUUAACCCCAGCCUAUGAUGCCUACCCCCUUUGGCUCAUCUCUGUCAUAUGUGAAGUUUGGUUUGCUCUCUCCUGGAUACUUGACCAGUUCCCCAAGUGGUUUCCCAUUACCCGGGAAACUUACCUUGAUCGUCUUUCCAUGAGAUUUGAGCGUGAGGGGGAGCCCAAUGGUUUGGCUCCAGUUGAUUUCUUUGUGAGUACAGUUGAUCCCCUCAAGGAACCACCAAUCAUAACAGCAAAUACAGUAUUGUCAAUCUUGUCUCUCGAUUAUCCUAUUGACAAAGUUAGUUGUUAUGUAUCGGAUGAUGGGGCAUCGAUGCUUCUUUUCGAUACACUGUCAGAAACUGCAGAGUUUGCAAGGAGAUGGGUGCCAUUUUGCAAGAAGCAUAAUGUUGAGCCAAGGGCUCCUGAGUUUUAUUUCUCUGAGAAAAUAGAUUACUUGAAGGACAAGGUUCAUCCUAACUUUGUAAAGGAGCGUAGGGCCAUGAAACGGGAAUAUGAAGAAUUCAAAGUUAGGAUUAACGCAUUAGUGGCGAAGGCUCAGAAGAAACCAGAAGAAGGGUGGGUGAUGCAAGAUGGAACUCCAUGGCCUGGAAACAACACUCGUGAUCAUCCCGGGAUGAUUCAGGUAUAUUUGGGAAGUGAAGGUGCACUUGAUAUAGAAGGCAAAGAGCUGCCAAGACUUGUCUAUGUUUCACGUGAGAAAAGGCCUGGCUAUCAACACCACAAGAAAGCCGGUGCAGAGAAUGCCCUGAUUCGAGUCUCUGCAGUGCUUAGUAAUGCACCUUUCAUGUUGAAUCUGGAUUGUGAUCACUACGUCAACAAUAGCAAGGCUGUAAGGGAAGCCAUGUGCUUCUUAAUGGAUCCCCAAUUCGGGAAGAAGCUUUGUUAUGUUCAGUUUCCCCAGAGAUUUGAUGGUAUUGAUCACCAUGAUAGAUAUGCUAAUAGAAAUGUUGUGUUUUUUGAUAUUAACAUGAAAGGUCUAGAUGGGAUUCAAGGCCCUGUAUACGUAGGCACAGGAUGUGUCUUCAACAGACAGGCAUUGUAUGGAUAUGAUCCACCAGUGUCUGAGAAGAGGCCAAAGAUGACAUGUGAUUGCUGGCCUUCUUGGUGUUGCUGUUGCUGUGGAGGGUCAAGAAGAAAGUCCAAGAAGAAAGGAGAAAGAAAAGGCUUACUUGGGGGACUAUUAUUCAGCAAGAAGAAGAAAAUGAUGGGGAAGGACUAUGUGCGAAAAGGGUCUGCACCCAUCUUCGAUCUUGAAGAGAUUGAAGAAGGACUUGAAGGGUAUGAGGAACUAGAGAAAUCAUCAUUAAUGUCACAGAAAAACUUCGAGAAGAGGUUUGGGCAGUCUCCAGUCUUCAUAGCUUCAACAUUAAUGGAAAAUGGUGGCCUUCCUGAAGGAACUAAUAGCACAUCACUCAUUAAGGAGGCCAUUCAUGUUAUUAGCUGUGGCUAUGAGGAGAAAACUGAAUGGGGCAAAGAGAUUGGAUGGAUUUAUGGUUCCGUUACAGAAGAUAUCUUGACAGGCUUUAAGAUGCACUGCAGAGGAUGGAAGUCAGUUUACUGCACGCCAAAGAGACCAGCAUUCAAGGGAUCAGCUCCAAUCAAUCUGUCAGAUAGGUUGCACCAAGUUCUGAGGUGGGCUCUUGGUUCUGUAGAGAUCUUCCUCAGUCGUCACUGCCCUCUUUGGUAUGGCUAUGGAGGAAAAUUAAAAUGGCUGGAGAGGCUUGCAUACACAAACACCAUUGUUUACCCUUUCACUUCCAUUCCUUUACUUGCCUACUGCACUGUCCCAGCUGUUUGCCUUCUCACUGGAAAAUUCAUCAUUCCGACUCUGAACAACCUCACCAGUGUAUGGUUCUUGGCACUUUUCUUGUCCAUCAUAGCAACAGGUGUGCUUGAACUCCGUUGGAGUGGGGUUAGCAUCCAAGAUUGGUGGCGCAACGAGCAAUUCUGGGUGAUUGGAGGUGUAUCUGCUCAUCUUUUUGCAGUGUUUCAAGGCCUUCUCAAAGUCCUUGCUGGGGUUGACACGAACUUCACUGUCACAGCAAAAGCAGCAGAUGACGCUGAGUUUGGGGAGCUUUACCUCUUCAAAUGGACCACCCUCCUUAUCCCACCAACAACUCUAAUCAUAUUGAACAUGGUGGGAGUUGUGGCUGGAGUUUCUGAUGCAAUCAACAAUGGUUAUGGCUCAUGGGGUCCCUUAUUCGGGAAGCUCUUCUUCUCCUUCUGGGUUAUUGUUCAUCUCUAUCCUUUCCUCAAAGGUCUGAUGGGAAGGCAAAACAGAACCCCCACAAUUGUUGUCCUGUGGUCUGUUCUUCUUGCAUCAAUUUUCUCCCUCAUUUGGGUUCGGAUUGAUCCUUUCUUGCCAAAGCAUACAGGACCAGUCCUCAAACAAUGUGGAGUGGAGUGCUAAGUCAUGCUUUCUGGUACCUUACAAUUCCCUCAUGAUUUCUACAUAGUUUUGUGCCACCUUUUGAUUGCAUUGUUUCUCCAAGCAUUUUGAAGAAUAGGAUUGUUGUAUGUGUGUGGCAACUAGGAUUUUGAUGGUAAUGAGAGAAAAGGAUGCCGGUUCUGCAUCCUUGACUAUGUAUGUACAAAUGCACCUUCCUGUUUAGAAUUCUGUUGAAUCAAAUCAACAAUUUUUC